AUGUCCAAUACCGUGAUCAAGCACGAGGAGGAGCAGAAUGCUGGCACGAUAGAGUUGAAGGACAACACCAUCAUCGUCGUCCUCGGCGCCUCAGGCGAUCUGGCCAAGAAGAAGACCUUCCCAGCCCUCUUCGGCCUCUUCCGCAAUGGUUUCCUGCCCAAAGACGUCAAGAUCAUCGGGUAUGCCCGGACGAAGAUGGAUCACGAGGAGUACCUCAAGCGCGUGAAGAGCUACAUCAAGACGCCGACGAAAGAGAUUGAGCAGCAACUCGAUGCCUUCUGCAAGUUCUGCACAUACGUUAGCGGGCAGUACGAUAAGGACGAGAGCUUCCAGGAGCUGGAGAAGCACGUGCAGGAGUUGGAGAAGGGCCAGAAGGAGACGAACAGGAUCUUCUACAUGGCUUUGCCGCCGUCCGUCUUCAUUCCCGUCUCGGAACAUCUGAAGAAGAACAACUACCCCAAGUCCGGCAUCGCGCGCGUCAUCAUCGAGAAGCCGUUUGGCAAGGAUCUUGGUUCCUCGCGGGAGCUCGACCGUGCGCUGCGACCGAACUGGAAGGAGGAGGAGAUCUUCCGCAUUGAUCAUUACUUGGGCAAGGAGAUGGUCAAGAACAUCCUCAUCCUACGAUUCGGCAAUGAGUUCUUUGGUGCGACGUGGAACAGGAACCAUAUCGACAACGUGCAGAUUACGUUCAAGGAGCCCUUUGGCACUGAGGGACGUGGUGGCUACUUUGACGAGUUUGGCAUCAUUCGCGACGUCAUGCAGAACCAUCUCCUUCAGGUCUUGACCCUGCUGGCUAUGGAGCGACCAAUCUCUUUCUCCGCCGAGGACAUCCGUGACGAGAAGGUGCGCGUCCUGCGCGGCAUGCCCAGCAUCGAGCCCAAGAACGUCAUCAUCGGGCAAUACGAGAAGUCGCUCGACGGCACCAAGCCAGGCUACAAGGAAGACGACACCGUACCCAAGGAGUCCCGCUGCCCCACCUUCGCCAGCAUGGUCGCGUACAUCAAGAACGAGCGCUGGGACGGCGUACCCUUCAUCCUCAAGGCCGGCAAGGCGCUCAAUGAGCAGAAGACCGAAGUCCGCAUACAAUACAAGGACGUCACGAGCGGCAUCUUCAAAGACAUCCCCCGGAACGAAUUGGUCUUGCGCGUUCAGCCCAACGAAUCCAUCUACACGAAGAUGAACUCGAAGUUGCCCGGUCUGAGCAUGCAGACGGUGGUCACCGAGCUGGACUUGACGUACCGGAGACGUUUCUCCGACCUCAAGAUCCCCGAAGCGUACGAGAGUUUGAUCUUGGAUUCGUUGAAAGGCGACCAUAGCAAUUUCGUGCGCGAUGAUGAGUUGGAUGCUUCGUGGAGGAUCUUCACCCCGUUGUUGCAUUAUUUGGAUGAGAAUAAGGAGAUUAUUCCUAUGGGUUAUCCUUACGGCUCUCGUGGCCCAGCCGUCCUCGACGACUUCACCGCUUCAUACGGGUACAAGUUCUCCGACGCCGCUGGCUACCAAUGGCCUCAGACGAGCGCGGAGCCCAACAAGCUCUGA